AUGCCCUCCCUCAAAUCUGCCUUUGACACUGCUGGCCCGGCCUUCUCCGACCUCAUCGAUGCUCUCAAACCCGACUCGGUCAUCUACGACUUCCUCCAGCCCUGGGCCCUGAAAGCAGCUCGCGAAUGGGGGCUCCCCGGGGUGGCGUCCCUCUUCUUGCCCUGCAGUGCAGCGGCGGUGUCAUUCCUAACCCUCCACAGCAUGGACCCAGACGGAGAGUACCCCUUCUCACCGCUGAGGGUCGAGAGGAGCGAGAGCGAUAAGAUCAUGCAGUUCGUACACAACAAGGCCAAUGGCACGAAGGACAUGGACCGGCUCUUAGAGAGUAUCAGGAGGUCUGAGGGCGCGAUCCUGAUCAAGACAUGCAGAGAGAUCGAGGGCAAGUACGUGGACUACCUCGCCAAGCUUGUUGGCAAGGAGGUCAUCGCUGUCGGGCCUCUGAUUCAAGAACCGGCAGCAGGCGAUGCCAGAGAUGAUGAAGGGGAGAUAAUGAGGUGGCUGGAGGAGAGAGAGAGCGGCUCGGUGGUGUUCGUGUCGUUCAGGAGCGAGUGCUUCCUUUCGAAGGAGGAGAUGGAGGAGGUGGCACAUGGGCUGGAGCUGGCGAGCGAAGAAGCGGGGUUCGUGUGGGUGGUGAGGUUAUCAGGAGGAGACGGGGAGAGGGUGAGUGUUGAAGCUUUGCCUGAAGGGUUCCAGGAGAGGACCAAGGACAGAGGCAUGGUGGUGGGUUUUGUAAGUCACUGCCGUUGGGGCUCAACAUUGGAGGCAAUAGUCUUUGGCAUACCCAUCAUAGCCAUGCCGAUGCACCUCGAUCAGCCCUUAAACGCCAAACUGGUGGCAGAUCUUGGGGUUGGCAUGGAGGUCCGGAGAGAAGACAGCAGGUUCAAGAGGGAGGAGGUGGCAAAAGUGAUCAAGCAAGUGGUGAUUCAAGAAGAAGGGGAGCAAGUCCGGAAAAGGGCCAAGGAACUGAGUGCGAGGAUAAGGGAGAGGCAAGAGGAAGAGACGAGCGCGGUGAUGAAGAAACUGGAACAACUUUUUGGAAAACAGAACGACUUUUAA